AUGCUUUCCUUCCGAAGAUGUAGUCCACUUUGCGAUGUUGAGAGUUCAUACGCCUGGUACACGGGACUGGGAGGAAGAGUUGAGGCCUUGAAUAAGAGAGCUGGAAAGCUGUUUUGGUGGAUUACAAAGAUGUAUGAUGCAGAUAACCCAACUGGCGGCAAUGCAAGUUCUACGUUUGGCGUCGUCGUGCAAGCCGUCUCUGUAAUUUGUUCCGAGAGCGAGUUUGCCCGGAUGGAAAUGCAGAAUAGGAACGCACAACUCGAAAGAGGCAGACAGUGCCAGCUUGGAAAGUCGGCUCGGAGAAAUUUCACUCGUUAUCUGACCAUCUCCUUUGACAUGGGUAUGCCCCAUCCAAAAGAAAUCCAAGUCUGUUUCUCUAUAAACACCACGGCCGGCGUUGCUCACUUCAGGCAAUUCAAUCAACUGGUGUCGUCGGGAGAUUAUGAUGACCAUUCUCCUCCCUUCCCUUCCCCCGAAACGGGACGGAACGGAACAUGCUUGUAUUGGGUGUUUCUCCUAGUGAUACGCCUGUGGAAUUGGCGGGAUCAAAGGCUGGAAAAGGAGGAUUGGUGUUGUCCAUUUCACAUAAAGACAUUACACCGACAUAUCGCGUCAAUAUGUCGCAUCAAUAAGUUCAGCCUGGUUACAGAGGCAUGGCCAAGGGUCAUUGGUCUGCAGGAGUAUCAUGAGCCUAAGCUCGCCAGCACUAUUUGCAAGAGACUGCUUAGCACCUUCUCUCUUCCCCGAGCUCGUGAUUGUUUGCCCUUUGCGGGCACCUUAGUCGCACAUGAGCAUAAGGGAAACGGCCUUGUGGAACACGCCAAUGCGGGGAAAGCUUCACCAACCGAAAACCUGGAGGAGAGAUUCAGUUGGAAACACACCUCGUUAGUACCAACCACGUCUCCUGUCUACUGUAGCUCUACCUAUGUGCCCGAUGGUGGCAGGCCGCGUCGUCAAGACAAGAACGUGACAGCCCGCUCGAAUGUCUCCUACCAGGACCACCCAUACUGUGAGCAACUGCUGCUGGAGCACAUGGCUGUCAAAAGUCUCGAAGGGGUGGUACCGGAAUAA